GAGGAGUGGGUAGCUGUUAGUUAUGGCAGAGACCUGCGGUACAUUGGCCGGGUGGUGAAAGAAGAUAAACGGGCCAUCAGGAUACAAUUUUUAGAGAAAAAGGCGGAUGGUUACUUUCAACUAAAAAAAAGAGACGAGGAAACGGAAAAAGACAUCGUUUUUAUGCGUAACGUGGAUGUGGAAUGGAAAGGGAUCGGUCGCUACGAGGUUCUUCGCGAAAAAGAGAUAAGGAAAAAGCAUGAGGAGUUUAGGAAGACACUUCGUUUGAAAAAGAAGGUAGUGAUCCAUCCUAUUUUCUUAGCUAAUCACUUUAUUUAUUUAUUUUCUCAAGCUGUUUGGUACAUUAGGCCAAGGCAUACAAAGCAGAGAAAAAGUAUGGUGAGACUUACAAAGACAUUUUACUUUAAAUUAUUUUAUUUUGAAAUGGUUACCAGGUAGAAUCCUACUGGAAUAUAAACGCGCACUCCGACCUUUCUGAAGUGGUGUGCCGAGUUGGCGUAGACGAAAUCCUUGUUGGCGACUUCAAAACAAUCCAACCAUCGAUGAGUGCAGAAGAGAUCGAGAUGAUGAAAAAGUUUUCUCUCCGCUUUAGGGAAGUUGGUUGGCUUAACGACAAGGUACGGUUUUUAAGUAUUUUCUCUUCAUUGAGGGUAUACGAAAAAGAGAAAUGUUUUGGUGGGUAAUUAUUAACUAUUUUUGGUUACGUUAGAGGGCAAAAUUUGGUUCGGAAUUGACUCACUAUAUGCUUUAUUUUACUCAAAUUUAAAAAAAAUCUGUUUCUAUCUUCUUGACAAAACUAGAUAGUAAAUGCAAGCCUAAAGCUGUUGGAGGUUUCUAGUAGGAAGAUGGUAAGUCAAGAGAAAUACUGUACUAUGCCUGGCACCUGCUUUAGGGAACAGAGGGAGAGGGUAUAACAGAAAAAGGUUAGUUCUAGCUCGCGCUUCGCGUCGGAGAGUACCGCUUCCUCCUUAAGCUUCUGCCACUAAAGAUUUCUGCCCAUAUUUUCCAUCAUUUUGCACUUGUUAGUUUUACUGAAAGUAAAUCUGAGAAAAGUUAAAGGGAUGUUUACCAUCUUUUAACCAGGGUAUAAAAGUCUUUGCCGCCGAAUCUUUCGUAAUAGAAAAAAUAAGGACAUCAGAAGAGCUCUCUCAGUUGAAGUCAUGGAAGUGGAUGAAAAAGGUAGGUUGAAAGUGAAAAAUGAUUUCUAGGAAGAAACUAAUAGUUUGGCCUUUUGGCACUCUAACCACUAUUAGUUCAUGAAGCAUAGGGCUAACAGUUUCUUGCGCAAAAUAUAGUAAAUAACUGACUAUACCCCUCUUUUUCAGAUUGACUUUUCAAAUCAAGACUUGGUUUUACUACCUAUGUGCCAUGCCAGUCAUUGGACGCUUGGGGUACGACUUCUGUGAUCUCUUUACCAGACGGUACCACUGAAUAAUAUGCAAGUACCUAGUAUGUAAUUGGCCCCUAUUUUGUGAAGGUGAAACCUCUCUUGGACGAGAACAGGAGCCCAUAAAUCCAUGGGCCCCUGACAAGAAUCAAUAAAAGGAACUACAUCAACAACAGUUUCUCGCCCGCUGCGCCUACUCUUUAUAAAGUACAAAGCAAAACAAUAAUUCUGAUAUUUCCCGGGAAAGAGUACAUUUUUUCACAAAUGUUUCUUUAUAUUUUACUUCUAUAAAGGUUGUUAACGUAAAACAAAAAGAGCUUCUUCACUACGACAGCAAGUCGGAAAAACAAGGAAAGUCGACGACGAGUGGCCAGCUUUUUUUCAACUGCAUGAGGUAUAAACUGCGUUUAUAAUAGCCCCCCACCGCAGAAGUGUGUUGUUCUUAUUAUUUUCUACUUUUUUGAAGGAAUGCAUACGACUUUUUUUGUGUGCGUGUUAAACUUCCACAGGAAAAUAAUGGCGGCAAAUAAUAUGGACGUGCCCUCUUGGAAAAACAUCUCGCCAACAACGCCGCAACAGUGUGACUGGCAAAGUUGUGGAGUUUAUGUCAUAAAGGUAGGCUCAAACACCAAUUGUUUCUCAGUUUCUAAGCGAGAAAGUAAUAGCGAGCACAGUUUUGAUUGGUUUCUUCUUGUAGGUGGCUGAAUUCGUCGUAGAGGAAAGGAAGCCCUUCAUUUCACAGGUAAAAUAUCAUUAA